GGUCACACUGGCACGCACACCAUCUUCGAUUCGAUAGGUUUUGCCAUCGAAAACGGAAGGGCAAAAAAAAAGAAGCGAAUUUAGUGCAAUAAAUUUCAAAGUACUCACUUCUCAGGAACUAACACGGCAGCCGCGACAAUGGAGGUGGACGAGGAAGAGUUCGAGGUGCCGUCGAGCAGCAGCAAGGGCGAGAAGAAGCGCUUCGAGGUGAAGAAGUGGAACGCCGUGGCUCUGUGGGCCUGGGACAUCGUGGUGGACAACUGCGCCAUCUGCCGCAACCACAUCAUGGACCUGUGCAUCGAGUGCCAGGCGAACCAGGCGUCCGCCACCAGCGAGGAGUGCACCGUGGCCUGGGGCGUCUGCAACCACGCCUUCCACUUCCACUGCAUCUCCCGCUGGCUGAAGACCCGCCAGGUCUGCCCGCUGGACAACCGCGAGUGGGACUUCCAGAAGUACGGCCACUAGGUCCGCGGGGCACCGACCCCCACAACGGCCGGCGGAGCAGCCCCCGGGAUCCGCCUAACCGCGCCACGCCCCCCAUAUAUAUUAUGUAAUUCCUGAUGCACCAAGGGAACACCUUGUAGAUCUUAAGCGAUUCGGGGAAUCCGGGUGAAAUGAUCAUGUUUAAGAGGGCCCAGUACCCAUCACCGAGUUCCCCCCAACAAACUCAACUUUUUGUAACGCAAGAAAUAAACGCUGUAGAGGAUGGAGAAGAUUCAACAAUGA